AUGUGUACCAAAGAAGACAAUAUAUUGCAGAUCCUGCGCGCCAUAGACUCCGCGCUGCCGGCGGGAGGGCCCGCGGACGCUGCAGUCAGCACGCUGUCGCUGGGCCCGGGCGCCGAGCACCCGAAGGUGAUCAACGCGGCGAAGAGCCUGAUGGCCAAGGGCUACGUGACCCUCGAGGAGUGCCGUAGCAGGAGAUAUUCGCUGAGCGCCGAGGGCAAGCUGUACGCCGCAGAAGGGUCGCCUGAGUUCAGGCUGCUGGAGCGCGUGCGUGCGUCCACCGAGCCCAUCACGAUCGCUGAGGCUAGCGCUGGCAUACCUAGUGCGGAACAUGGUCUCAAGAAGGCUCUGCGUGCGUCCAUGCUCCGCGUCACGGCGGGCCAGCAGCUGUCGCUGGGCGCCGCUGGCAAUUCCACUGCUGAGGACGUUACCAAGAAGCUGCUGCAGCUGAUCGAGUCACAUGGCUCAGAUGAGCAGGCGAUGCUCGAGGCCCUGAAGGCCGUUUUGACGGAUGAAAAGAAGCUGCGCUCCGAGCUUGACGACCUGAAGAAGCGCAAGUUGAUGGAUUCGCAGGUUGAAGUGUCGUAUCUCGUGCGCAAGACAGACAAGUUCCAGUGCCAGAUCACGCAGCAGAUCACUGACCUGACCCAGGAGCUUCUGCAGGAGCGUAAGUCGUGGUCGGCGUCCGACAUGAAGCCGUACAACUUCUUCUCGAGCGGUAAGCGCAUAUCGCGCGGCGCCUUGCACCCGCUCACGCGUACGAUGCGCGAGUUCCGUGAGAUAUUCACGUCGAUGGGGUUCGAAGAGCUGGACACUGCGAACUACGUGGAGUCGAGCUUCCUGUGCUUCGACGCCCUGUACAUACCGCAGCAGCACCCGGCCCGCGACUCCCAGGACACCUUCUUCACGAAGGCUCCCGAGCUCGCCAACCUCGAGGGUGUCGGCCAGGAGUACAUCGACGCGGUGGCGGAGGCCCACGGCGAUGGCAGCCGCUACGGCAGCACGGGGUGGCAGUACGACUGGAAGCUGGAUGAGUCCCGCAAGCUGGUGCUGAGGACCCACACCACCGCGUGCACCGCCAGGCUGCUCAAGGGCAUGGCGGAGCAAUUCGACCAUAUCAAGCACACCCUGCCCAGGAAGUUCUUCUCGAUCGACCGCGUCUUCCGGAACGAGAGCAUGGACGCAACCCACCUGUGCGAAUUCAACCAGGUGGAGGGUGUGAUGAUCGGCUUCGGCCUGGGUCUGGGGCACCUAAUGGGCGUCCUGUCGGCAUUCUAUUCGGCCAUAGGCAUCGAGGAGCUGCGGUACAAGCCGGCGUACAACCCGUACACCGAGCCUUCCAUGGAGAUCUACGGGUACCACCCUGACCUCAAAAAAUGGGUCGAGAUCGGCAACAGUGGCAUCUUCAGGCCCGAGAUGCUGCUGCCAAUGGGCCUGCCCGAGGGGGUGUCGGUCGUUGGUUGGGGGCUCAGCCUCGAGCGGCCUACCAUGAUUCGCCACAACAUCAGAAACAUCCGCGAUUUGGUGGGAUGCAGCUACUGA